AUGGUGCUGCUGCAAGGGUUGGUAUUUGGACGCAUACUCAUGGAUUCGCUGGCACGGCGGGGUGCUCGUCCAACCGUGGCGACAGCGCGGCAGUUAAUGCUGCAACGGCCGCGAACAGGGCGCAGAGUAGCAGUGCAUCGGCGUUUCAAACGUACAGCAACAAACCCGUUUGAAGCGAAUGAAUUGUUGAACAGGUUGGGUGGGAGCUCGAUUCGUUGUUUGUCCUCGAAAGCGGCUACAGCAUCGACAUCAUCUGCGGCAACAUCAGCAGCAGAUGCUCUCAAGGACGAAGUAUGGAUACCAGUAUAUCGAUUUCGUGGGAUCCACUACGGAGUCGUUGCUGCAAAGACGAAAUUGGCAUUGGCGCUUUCUAGUAUCGUGUUAAUCCCGUACAAAUGCUGGCAGUUUAUUCAUGAUUAUAUAUCUAUCGAACAUUUGGCUUCGGUUUCGGCAUUCGCCUCAUUUGCCACUCUAGCGCUUAUAUUUUGCUCCAGGUUUUUCAAUAGAUUGAUUGGUGUGAUUUCUGUUAACGAAAGCAAUGAAUAUGUUCGAAUUGGAUAUUUGUCGUUCUGGGGCUCGAGACGCAAUAAAGUGUUACAACUAGAGGAUGUUGUUCCGCUUAGUGAAUCCGGCGCCGGUUUCAACAGCAAGAUUGUUCCGCUUCGACAGUAUUCAUCGUAUGUUUGCCUUAUUUGUAUAACAGCAUUCUUUCAGGAGUGA